AUGCCUGUCCGUCUGCCAUACCCGCAGCUCCGCGCCUUUUCGACCAAGCCCAGGCAAUGUGCCAAAUUCGACAAAUUCGAGCUGUAUGGGGGCCGCCCCAUCCCCGCCAAUAAGCAGCGAUUGAUCCCGACAUCGGGCAGCUAUCCACAGGGGUUCACUGUAGGCAGUACGCGCGCCGGCAUUAAGCCCGCCGGCAACAUCCAACCAGAUUUGGUCAUUGUCGCGUCAGAAACCCCAGCAUCAGGUGCCGCAGUCUUCACCAAGAAUGAAUUCUGUGCUGCUUCUGUGUCGGUCAGCCGAGAGCUAAUGCGCCACACCAAUGGUGCUGGACUGCGAGGCGUCGUUGCAAAUGCCGGGUGUGCCAACACCCUCACCGGGCAGGCGGGACUAGAUGAUGCAACCGCCAUGGGGCGCGAGGCGGCGAGAUGUAUAUCUAAUGGGACGGCUGAUAAUGGAAAUUCUUUGAUGGUCAUGCACACAGGCGCAGGUGCACAGCGGCUCCCUAUCGACAAUAUAUUGCAUCACCUACCCAAAUUGACUAAAACGAUGGGAAAUACGCAUGAUCACUGGCUCGACGCCGCCGUCGCCCUGAGUACAACCGAUACAUAUCCCAAAUUGAUUUCGCGUACUUUCAGCUUGCCCUCUGCAUCUGCGACUAAAUUUUCUCUCGCUGGUCUUACUAAAGGCGCGGGAAUGGUCCAUCCCAACAUGGCCACCACCCUGGGGAUCAUUUGUACGGACGCUCCGGUGACACCACCAGCCCUACAGAUUCUGCUCAAAGGUGCUGCAUCUAGAUCAUACAACUGCAUUUCCAUUGACGGUGAUACCUCCACAAAUGACAUGGUCACCAUGUUUGCGAACGGUGCUGCUGCAUCUCCCGAUCAGCCCGCGGUUGACAUCUCUCCAGAGCCCUCGGUUGAUUUUGUCGCGUUCCAGCAAGUGCUCAGCGAAUUUAUGGCUGACAUGGCUAAGCUGGUUGUUCGGGAUGCCGAGGGUGCCUCGAAAUUCAUUACCAUUCGCGUACGCGGGUCACCAUCUUAUGAUGCGGCUCAUCAUAUUGCGUCGGUGAUCUCACGCUCUGUGCUCUGGAAGACAGGGAUCUAUGGAAGAGACCCUAACUGGCACGGAAUUCUGGCUGCGCUGGGUUAUUCGCUCCUGGACACCUCUUUCGCUGGACAGGGUAUUAUUAUCCCAGAGCAGACAUCUGUGAGUUUUAGGGAUGGCGCCGAGACUGUGAAAUUCCUGGAUUGCGGCGUCCCUGUUCCCGUUGACGAGGUCAAAAUAAAACAAAUCAUGGACAAAGAAGACAUCGAGACUAUUGUGGACUUGAGAGAUGGCACGGCUGAAAAACCCACCGAGGAGGCCGUUUAUUGGACAUGCGACAUGACGCAUGAUUUCAUUUCAAUGAAUUCGGGCGUUGAGAUUCGCUAG